UGGUUUUGGAAAGAGUUGUCCCAAAUUAUACACCUUCAGUUGAUGUUGUUAUUACACAAAUACAAUGAAUUUUAUAUGAACUUUUCCCCAUUUAUAUUAUAAUCCAUAAUCAUGGUUAUAUACAGGGAGAUUGGACUUUCUUUACAAAAUAUUUUUUUCAUGCAAAGUUGCAGGAAAGAUCUCCCUCGGACUGCUGAUCUUGUUUCCAUGGAAACGACACCAUAACGCUGUGGCUAACUCACUCAGUGACGUUCACUUGUCCCCAGCCCAAACUGUUAAACGGAGAGCAGGAUGUCGGAGGGAGAGGAGGCCGGGGCGCUAUCGGAGGGAGAGGAGGCCGGGGCGCUGUCGGAAGGAGAGGAAGCCACGGCGCUGUCGGAGGGAGAGGAGGCCGCGGCACUGUCGGAGGGAGAGGAGGCCGCGAAUGAGGAUGGACAGGAGGAAAAUAUGUCCGAAAAAGAGGACCAGAUCGAGCCAUGCCCUCUGACCAAGGAGAUUCUGAUCCCCGGUUUGUCUCUUUUGUGUCGCACCGGGAACGGCCUGGCACACGCCUUCGUUAAGCUCCAACUGGAAAACAGACGUCUGACAGACAUGGCCCUGGUCAGCUCGUUUGUCCACCUGCGUUUCCUGGACGUGUCAUCCAACCACCUCUCUGACCUUUCACCCCUGGCUGCCCUCACACAGCUGCUGUGGCUGAAGGGCGAUGGUAACAUGGUGGCCGGGUUCAGAGGUCAGCCCCUGGGUCAGCUGACAUACCUACAGUGGCUGAGUCUGGCCCUGAACCGCCUCAAAGACCUGGAAGGCCUAGAAGGCCUCGGCCUAGAGAGCCUCAACCUCAUUGGUAACGGUAUCCAGAGGGUGUCGGGGCUACGGUACCAUCACCUGACCAACCUGGUGACUCUGGAACUGAGAGGAAACAAACUGGAGACCACCGACGGGAUAUACCUACCCAACCUCCGACGCCUCUACCUGGCCCAGAAUACUAUCAAGCGCCUGGAGGGUCUGGGUAAGCUGGAGCGUCUGACCACCCUGCACCUCCGAGACAACCAACUGGAGACUCUAGAUGGCAUCAGUCCCAACAUGAAGGCCCUGCAGUACCUCAACAUCAGGGGUAACCUGGUGUCUGCCCAGCGUGCCUUGCGUAGUCUGGUGGGCGUAUCCAGGACAUUGCGAGCGCUGGUCCUAGCGGAAAACCCUCUCGUGGAGACGGAGGACUACCGUCUGUGUGUCCUGAGCCGCCUGCCGUUGCUGGAGCGCCUCGACAAGGAACCCAUCUCUCCUGAGGAGAAGUCUGAGGCCCAGGAGAAACUCAGGGAGUUUAAUGAUGAGGUGUCUGUUGUUCCCUCUGUCUGUCUCUAUAGGAGUUUAAUGAUGAGGUGUCUGUUGGGGCAGAGGAAUACUAACUCACCAUCACUCAGUGACUCCUCUCCCAGUGACUCCUCUCCCAGUCACUCCUCUCCCAGUGACUCCUCUCCCAGUCACUCCUCUCCCAGUCACUCCUCUCCCAGUCACCCCUCUCCCAGUGACUCCUCUCCCAGUGACUCCUCUCCCAGUCACUCCUCUCCCAGUCACUCCUCUCCCAGUCACUCUUCUCCCAGUCACUCUUCUCCCAGUCACUCUUCUCCUAGUCACUCCUCUCCCAGUGACUCCUCUCCCAGUCACUCCUCUCCCAGUGACUCCUCUCCCAGUCACCCCUCUCCCAGUCACUCCUCUCCCAGUCACUCCUCUCCCAGUCACUCCUCUCCCAGUCAAUCUUCUCCCAGUCACUCUUCUUAUAGUCACUCCUCUCCCAGUGACUCCUCUCCCAGUCUCUCCUCUCCCAGUGACUCCUCUCCCAGUCACUCCUCUCCCAGUAACUCCUCUCCCAGUCACUCCUCUCCCAGUCACUCCUCUCCCAGUCACUCCUCUCCCAGUCACCCUUCUCCCAGUCACUCUUCUCCCAGUGACUCUUCUCCUAGUCACUCCUCUCCCAGUGACUCCUCUCCUAGUCACUCCUCUCCCAGUCACUCCUCUCCCAGUGACUCCUCUCCCAGUCACUCCUCUCCCAGUCACUCCUCUCCCAGUCACUCCUCUCCCAGUGACUCCUCUCCCAGUGACUCCUCUCCCAGUCACUCCUCUCCCAGUGACUCCUCUCCCAGUCACUCCUCUCCCAGUGACUCCUCUCCCAGUCACUCCUCUCCCAGUCACUCCUCUCCCAGUCACUCCUCUCCCAGUGACUCCUCUCCCAGUCACUCCUCUCCCAGUGACUCCUCUCCCAGUGACUCCUCUCCCAGUGACUCCUCUCCCAGUCACUCCUCUCCCAGUGACUCCUCUCCCAGUGACUCCUCUCCCAGUCACUCCUCUCCCAGUGACUCCUCUCCCAGUCACUCCUCUCCCAGUGACUCCUCUCCCAGUGACUCCCAGUGACUCCUCUCCCAGUGACUCCUCUCCCAGUGACUCUUCUCCCAGUAACUCCUCUCCCAGUCACUCCUCUCCCAGUCACUCCUCUCCCAGUCACUCCUCUCCCAGUCACCCUUCUCCCAGUCACUCUUCUCCCAGUGACUCUUCUCCUAGUCACUCCUCUCCCAGUCACUCCUCUCCCAGUGACUCCUCUCCCAGUCACUCCUCUCCCAGUCACUCCUCUCCCAGUGACUCCUCUCCCAGUCACUCCUCUCCCUGUGACUCCUCUCCCAGUGACUCCUCUCCCAGUGACUCCUCUCCCAGUGACUCCUCUCCCAGUGACUCCUCUCCCAGUCACUCCUCUCCCAGGGACUCCUCUCCCAGUCACUCCUCUCCCAGUGACUCCUCUCCCAGUCACUCCUCUCCCAGUCACUCCUCUCCCAGUGACUCCUCUCCCAGUCACUCCUCUCCCAGUCACUCCACCAGUCCACAUCCAAGACCUACAUAGAUCCUUGUGUUUGUGAACAAGUUUGUACUAGCUAAUUAAAUGUAUUCCUGGUAUAUCCUCAGCAGUGCUGUUCCUGGUGUGGAGACAGACUAGUUAGUUAAAUGUAUUCCUGGUAUAUUAACCAAUGAAGAUUGUGUUUAUAGACAACUAGAGACGCUCUAUUUUCAAAACAAUAAACAUUUAUUGAUUGGUAAAAAU